ACACCUCUUUAAGAUGUUGCUUAGAGUAGUUUGUCUUCGCAACCAUGGAGGAGCAGAAGAGCUGAUACGGGCGGUGGGCUUCGCUUCACGCUGGCGAGGGAGGUCUGAGCGCAAAGGAUAAUCGUGCCCGCGUUUGCGGCUACUGGGAAAUAAGAACGAAGACGUCUUAAGGGAAGACAGGGUGAAAGUCCAGCCGCACUCGGGGCAGCUACAGCGGGACAACACCGAGCGAGCGCGAUGACGCCCCCGUGAUUGAGCGCUUCAGACGACGACAGUUUACUGUUGUUAUUCCCGCACGCAGUGAAGUUGAGUCCCAUGAAUCUCGACCAACUCAAGCAUUCCGCGCUCCUUUCGAUCCUGUUUAAGAUGGCAGACGACAAUGAACUUAUCGGUGCUUCGGAGUUCAUUAAAGAUCGAUUGUAUUUCGCCACCCUGCGAAACAAGCCGAAAAGCACAGUGAAUACACAUUACUUCUGCACAGAUGACGAAUUUGUUUACGAGAACUUUUAUGCCGAUUUUGGUCCCCUGAACCUAGCAGUGCUGUAUAGGUACUGCAGCAAGCUGAACAAAAAGCUUAAGACAUCCUUUGAUUCAGUGGCGGAUUUUCUUGUAAGAGCGCUGCAGUCGUUUACAUUGUCCCGAAAACGGAUUGUCCAUUAUACCAGCUUUGAUCAACGGAAGAGGGCAAAUGCUGCAGUGCUAAUUGGUGCCUAUGCUGUGAUUUACUUAAAAAAGACCCCAGAAGAAGCUUACAGAGCCCUGAUUUCAGGAUCCAACGCAUCAUAUUUACCAUUCAGGGAUGCCUCUUUUGGAAAUUGCACCUACAACCUAACGAUUCUUGAUUGUUUACAAGGUAUCCAAAAGGCUCAGCAGCAUGGAUUUUUAGAUUUUGAAACCUUUGAUGUAGAUGAAUAUGAGCAUUAUGAGAGAGUUGAAAAUGGUGACUUCAACUGGAUUGUUCCUGGAAAAUUUUUAGCUUUUAGUGGGCCUCAUCCGAAAAGUAAAGUGGAACAUGGGUACCCCCUUCAUGCCCCUGAAGCCUACUUCCCUUACUUUCGAAAGCAUAAUGUCACCACGGUCAUCAGGCUGAACAAGAAGAUUUAUGAUGCCAAGCGCUUCACAGACGCAGGCUUUGAGCAUUGUGACCUGUUCUUUGUGGAUGGCAGCACACCCAGUGACACCAUCAUGCGAAGAUUUCUGCAUAUUUGUGAAAACACCGAUGGAGCUGUGGCUGUCCACUGUAAAGCUGGCCUGGGGAGGACGGGCACUUUGAUAGGCUGCUAUCUAAUGAAACACUACAGAUUCACGGCAGCGGAGAGUAUCGCCUGGAUUCGAAUCUGUCGACCUGGGUCCAUUAUAGGACCUCAGCAGCACUUCCUAGAAGAUAAGCAGUCUAGUCUAUGGAUCCAGGGAGAUGUCUACAGGUCGAAAUUGAAGCAGAGGCCACUGGAUGAGGAGAGGGUGUCCCACAUUAUCUCGGGCAUGGAUAACAUUUCCAUCACUGGAAGCAUUUACAAGACACAGAAUAUGGACCUCAUGGAGGAGAAUGAUUACACAGAUGAUGGAUUUUUAAUGACACAGGGAGACAAACUACGUGCCUUAAAAAGCAGAAGACAGCCGAGAUCGGCCACUACCGGAGCUCUCAGGCUAGAUGAUAUGAAAAUGCACACAAGAUCGCCUUCACAACCUUUCAGAAUCAAUACCUCAGCUGGGUCCCAGGGUUCAAUGUCUCCACUGAAGACGUCAAAAGUCUCCAACUCCAGUUCAGCCAUCGCCAAGAGGAUAGGCAGGGGUCCCGUGUCCUCGGGUUCCAAUUUGAAAAGCUUCUCCGUAAACUCAAGGUUAGCCAGUUCUCUCGGAAACCUCAGUGCUACUGUCGAUGAGACGCCCUCGCCAGCUCCCACAAGGACGGGCUUUAUUUGUUCUCACCCGUCUGAUUACUUAAACAGCAGCCCCCCGGUGGCUGAGCUGAACAACAACCAGCAGCAGAGCCGCAACGCCACCAAAGGUAUCCCUAGGUACGCCAUUAAGCCCAGCAGACUGUCAGAUGAGUACGGCUCUCACCGGCCGCAGUAUGCGGGCCUCACAUCCUCCACGGCACGAUAUUUAAGCCGUUCAAUCCCUUCCCUUCAAUCUGAAUAUGUUCAGUACUAAAGCGGCACUUCUGCGUUGAAGCUGAAGCACAAUGGAGAAAGCCGGAGACAAACGAGCCGUCGCUCGCGUGGAGACAGCCGGCCGCCCCCGUCCUCCUCCAUGCUGUCAGUGCUACAGAGAGAAUAAAAAGCUCUCCAGCAGUCGACUCUCUGGGAUGAGUGUUUAAGAUGGCUUUUAUUUUAUUUUUUGUUUUCUUUUCAAGACUGUAAAGGCAAUGGCGUUUUUUGUUUUUAUUUUUUUUUUAUUUUGUGUGUAACAGAAGCACACAGGGAAAUUUUUAAACAACCUGUUUUUAUAUAAUAUAUAUAUAUAUAUAUUCCGUUUUAUUUUUAGAAGAAAGAAUUUGAUGGAGAUUAUUUUUUCACAUAAAUGGUGUACCUUUUAUCCCAUGUGUCCUAUCAAAGUAAUAUUUUUAUGGUAAACUUUUUGCAGUUCAAUUGUGCUCCUUUGCUGGCUCACAGAUCUGGAAGGUGGGAGAAGCCAUCUGUGGCUGAAGUCAAAUGGAACGGGCUUGCUGGAAGACAAUGCAGUGAGGUCUCUGGACUUUUAAUAAUAAUUUCAUAAGUUCGCUUGAGCAGCUUGUGGCCAACAGAUACGCAUUCUGUGAAUUUUAGCACCGGGUCCUCCGUUUCAGUGCUGGAGGCCUGCAUGUUUUCUUUCUACCCAGUUUCCUAAUUAUUACCCACACCUGACAUGGAAUUUCAUUAUGUGGUUUGGUCGUGAUGUCGUUACUCAAGUACUAAUGAUGAUCACACUGAGGAUUUUCCCCUUUCGUGUUUUUGUGGACAGUCCUUUCCUUGUUUCUCGUAUUUAUUUCUAAACAUUUUAUUUACACUGGCAGCACAUGAUGCAUACACAGUACGCCAUUUUAAAUGGAACCAAGUUAGCUGUAGAGCUGGUGGUUCCUUUUAUCCUUUGCAUGUCAUUAUUGACCGACACACAAUUAAAAUGUUUAAAACUAAAGAGAGCAAUUAAGGGUUCUGAAUCGUAACAUGAGAGUUAAGAAUCUAAGCUCAAAAAAACAGAAAUUGCCUCCGCAGCUAAUAAAUGGGUUGUAAUUUAGAAAUUGGUGGAAGUUAAAACCUGCAGCCAGGGGGGGGACACUUGAAAGGAAGGCCGUGGUCCUUGUUUAAUUUCUGCAUUUGCUGCACAAAGGUUCCUGUCCACCUUGCAGGUGUUAUGACGUUUCAGAUCUAGCUGUCCCACCGCACUUUGGGUUAUAUGAGAAACCCCAAAGAACGGGUGAAAAACCUCACCCUACAACACAAUUCUGGCAUCGAGCAAAGUGAGGCUUUCCGUUCCUGAGCUCCCAUAAUGUGGUGUGCCUGAUGGGAUUUCAUGAUUAAGUAAAUGCUGAAAAAGCACUCAGAAGAACAAAAUAAAGGGACAAGAAAAAUGCAAUGAAAAUUAUACAAAGCUUUAAUUACCAAGAAUAUUCCAAACGAGUGUGACAAUUAAGAUCAAUAGAUCAUCAAAAAAACAAACGCUUGGGCCUACGGAGCCUAAUGAAAAUAAAUUGUAACCUGCGUGCAGCAAAUCAGUGUGGCUUCUCAAGUAAAAUUGGUAGUUCUGGUAGGGCUUAUGGGAAACAACCCUAAAUAAUACAAAGGAUACCCCCAAGGUUGUGUCGGGAGGUUCACUUUGUAUUCUGUAAACGGGUGGUCCUGUGCAGUAUAGUGUCAAACAUUCAACAAGUGGGUCUGACAUGGUAAGGUGCAAAAUCAAAGUCCCAUUUCCCACCCUUCUUCAUUACACGUGUAGUUAUUAAAACUGGAAUGGCAGCUAAUCAAACAAUGGCACCUGACUAGAUCGUGUAGGAUUAUAGGCGUUCUCCUCAAGUUCAUUUACAAAGUGUGGCACGUCAAAAUGAAGACUCGACCCUCACAUUUUAUAUUUUAAAAGGGCCCCCUUAGGGAAUGUGCAAACCAAAAAUGAAGUAUUACAAAAGUUGACCUCUUGUCACGAUUCGUUUGAAAAUGCGAUGUGGUUGGUGGAGAAAAGUGAAUAAAGUACAGAACAAAGAAAAGUCUAGGAGAGACGGUGUGAGGGCCACAGAAACUGAAGUCAAAUUCUGGAGCUUUGUGUCAGGACCGGGGCCACCCACUUGGAGGUGGCAGGCUUUUCAGUAAUUGGCUGCUGCCAGUGCCACAUGCCACCUCGUCUGAUGUUUGGGGACAGACGUCGUCCAGCUUUACUCCAGAAAUGCAUUGAUUUUAAAGCAUCCCGCAAGUGCUGCCCAGUGGCCUGGUUUGAGACUAGUGAGCGUCUUCCAGCCUCUGGGAUCACCAGAAGGCUUUCAAAUAUCAUCUGACAUUUAAUGAAAUAAUAUUGUCGUCUUUGAUUCCUGUGAAGAUUUCCUUUGUUCUUUUAUUUUUAUUUUUUUAAUGUUUAUGUGGAAAUGUAUCCUUUGUGGCUUCAGGCUCCUGAAACAGAAUCACUGUAGUGACCUGCCCUGUUGGUCUGCUGUUUUUGUACAGUUCUUUUACAGACAGAUGUCAUGGUUGUGCGGUGUGAAUCUGCAACAGAAGAGUCCUUCUAUGAAAUUCUACCUCUUAAAUGAUGAAGAUUACCUGUAUGAUGACUUCUGUUUUUCACUGCAGUGUCUGCGUUACUGUGGAUCAGUAUUUUGCUGUCCUCUAAAAAAAAAUUUAAAUAAAUAAAUCAACU